AACAGCUGUUCGCGCAUUUCUUUCAUUUCAAUCUACAAUUUAAAUGCUAAAAUGGCAAAAGUCGUAAAAAACAGUGGCACAAUAUGCCUAAGAGCUGAAGUAUGUGAUCUGGAGCGUACUCUACUAGGCGGCCAAAGCUUUCGAUGGCGCAAAUUAUGUUCCGAGCCGAAAGUAAAAUAUUGCGGCGUUGCUUUAAAUACUUAUUGGGAGCUAACACCUGAAGCGGAGCAUAUUGCCUAUGAAGCUCACGUUGCAACCAACAAUCCGACAAAUACCAACUUCACUUCCUUGCUAAGCGAUUAUUUGCGCGCUGAUUUUGAUUUGGAGAAGCAACAAAAAAAUUGGAUGCUUGCAGAUGAGAAAUUUAAGAAAUUUGUUGGCCAGCCAGUGCGAAUGUUGUCCCAAGAGCCGCUGGAGAACAUAAUCUGCUUUAUGUGUAGUCAAAAUAACAAUAUAAAGCGUAUUUCAUCGAUGAUUCAGUGGCUGUGCUCCGCUUAUGGCAAUAAAAUUGGACUCUUUAACGGCCAGGAAGAGUUCACCUUUCCCACGCUCAAGGAACUGCAAGGCGAGCGCAGCUGCAGCCAGCUCGACGCUGAGUUGCGCGCAGCCAAAUUUGGCUAUCGAGCUAAGUUUAUAGCGCGGUCGCUGACGGAGAUUGAAAAGUUAGGCGGAUUGGAUUGGUUUGAGCAAUUGCGUCGUUUGCCCUAUAUGGAGGCACGUGAGGCCUUGGUACAACUGCCGGGCAUUGGCUACAAAGUAGCUGACUGCAUAUGCCUUAUGUCGCUGAAUCAUCUGCAAGCGGUACCCAUUGAUACACACAUCUUUAAGCUGGCCCAACGGCAUUAUUUGCCACACUUGGCCAGCCAGAAGACCGUCACAAGCAAGAUCUAUGACGAGAUUUCACAACACUUUCAGCAGCUUCAUGGACAAUACGCGGGCUGGGCGCAAGCGGUUCUCUUCUGUGCGGAUCUGCCACAAUUUCAGCCUAAACUGGAAUCUAAUGCAGCUAAAAAGCGCAAAAAGUGACCUGAAUCUGUUUUCUAAUAUAUGUAUGUAUAUGAACAUAUAUGUUAUAUAUAGAAACGUGUUUGUCCAUUAGAUAUAAGUUAUUUUAAGCCCGAAAUCUUCCUGUAUAGAACAUAACUUUC